AACCGAUAUAUACCUCACGCGGUCAUCUUAAUUUAUAUUGUAAAAAGCGACAGUCACGCAGUGCAGUAAACAAUUUGCGGGAAUAUCGAUAGAAUCAACAGCCACUAUCAGAAUCCCAAUUACAGCCGGCAAUAUUCCGAAAAGUAGUCCCUACUCAAAGCGUCAAUAAAGAUACCAUUCCGAUGGACAAGCGCGUCACAGUUCUGUUGCCAAACGGGCGCCGACAGAAUGUGAACGUGACGGCUAACAUGACGCUGCUGGAGAUAUUGGAGACGGCGUGCUCCAAGCACGGUUAUGAUGCGGAGGAGCACUGCCUCAAGUUCCAUAACAAAGUAGUCGGACUGACGCAGCAGUUCCGGUUCAGCGGACUGCCCAACAACUGUGUCCUGGAGAUGGAGCAAUCAGAAAAGCGGCGAACGCUGAGCAAUGUGCUUGUUUGUGUACAGCUGAACGACGGAUCUCGACAGCAGGCCGAUUUCUCACCCAACGACACCGUGUGGCUGGUGGUUCAGAAGCUUUGUGAAUCGCAAGUCAAGGGUUACGAGAGCCCAGUUAUUGUCUAUAUGCGCAGCGAAGUCAUUGGUUUGGACGAAAUGCGUCAAACUACGCUGAAAUCUCUUGGUAUCUUGGAGGGCCGUGCCAUGAUGCGGCUAAUCGACAAGAAGCCCGAGGAGUUAAAGACGCAGGCAAAUGUAUACAUAGCUCCCACUGUAAAGCCUACAGUGGAUAAAGACGAUCAACCCAGCACCUCCCGCUCUGCAGUGGCAGCUGGUGGCAGCGGAAGAAGCGGCGGAUUUGCUCUUACCAGCAAUAUGAUUAAGAAUCUGAAGCGGACAGCACCAGAUGAAAAAGCUCCUGGAAGUGAACCAGCACAACCCUCUGAAAAAUCCGAGCAAGAGCAACCACCUCAGCCAGAGGCACCAAAAUACGACUGGGGCAGUGGCUCUGGAUACUCCAUGCACCAGCCACCAGGAAGGAAAACAGCGGAUAAUGAACCCGAGGAGAAUUCGGGUAGGGCACCGCCGGUGGUGAAUGUUAUUGGGCCACGCCAGGCUGUGCUGUUUUCCUUGGACGAAAGCAAAAAGCAUGCAGACGAUCUGCCAGACUCAUUUUUCGACUUGACCGUCAACGAUCUAAAGAUGGUACUGCGCGACUUAAAGCGCACUUCGAACGGAAAUGACGAAGCUCCCUUGCUGACGGCAAAAUUAAGAGAGCUGGAGCGCCAAAAAAACAUGCUGGCCAAGCUAAAUCAGUACAAGGACUGUGUGCUGCGCAUCCAGUUUCCCGAUCGCUUCGUGCUCCAGGGAAUGUUUAAGCCGCAUGAGCCUCUUUCCAAGGUUGAGGAGUUUAUUCGCGAGUUCUUGGCUAAGCCAGGGGAGAAUUUCCACCUCUUUACCAUCCCACCGAAGAAGGUGCUGCCAUCCAAUGAAACACUCUUAGAGCUAAACUUUGUUCCCAAUGCCAUAGUGCACUUCGGAUUCCUUAAGGACUCUCUAAAUGCGGUGACUAAUCGCUUCGUUAAGGACCAGUACGUUAAUCAAUUGACCUCCGAGGAGGGGGCUCACUAUGCUGUGCAAAAAUAUCGCCUCACCCGGGCAUCGUCGAUGGGGUCUUCUAGCUAAUAGAUUUGUGGCUUUAAGCAAACAGUUGUCUGAUAUUAAAUGAAUCCAGUUUAUUUAUAUAUUCCUAAA